AUGACGAUCCACUACUCGCUCUGCUUCAUGCUGCUCGUGGCCGAGAUGCUCGUGUUCCUCGGCCUCAUCCUGCCGCUGCCGUUCAAGAUGCGCCGCGCCGUCUUCUCCUUCUUCGCGACGAACCCCAUCGUCGGCAAGGUCCUCUACGGCGUCAAGAUCUCGAUCAUCUUCGUCUCGAUUCUCUUCGUCGAUGCGUGCCAGCGCCUCUUCAAGACGAUGGCCGAGCGCCAGCAGGCCAAGGAGCAGCUGGGCGUGCGCGACACGGCGCACCACGACAUGCUGCUGCGUCUCGCCUUUGCACAGCGCAACUGCUACCUGUGCGGCUUCUGCCUCUUCUGCUCGCUUAUCCUCGCACGUACCUACGCUCUCAUCUCGGAGCUGAUCCAGGCCCAGGAGGAGCUGGGCAAGGCGCAGAAGGGCUCCGCCGGCAGCCAAGACGUUGUGACGCUCAAGAAGCAGGUUGCCCAGCAGCAGGCCGAGUACAACCGCCUCGCCGACGAGCUUGCUCAGGCCAAGGGCCAGACCGCCAAGACCAAGAGCACGUAA